UCAACAUGGCGGCUUACGUUCAUGGCAUCGAAGAUGCAUGACAAGUAAUAAUGUUCUUCAACGAUAUUACGAUUUUAGGAGUUUAGUAAGAUAUAACUACCGAACACAGAAUGUUUAAUUGGAAUCCCCAAAUGAGAGGGGCUGGCUUCCCCAUGCCACCCCAGCAGAUGAUGCAUGUCGCCCAAGGGCAAAUGGCACUAGGGCAGCAGGUACCGUUUCAACAACAACAGCAACAAGCGCAGCAGCAACAACAACAACAGCAGCAGCAGCAGCAUUGGCAAUUUGCCAACAUGGGUAUGAUGAUGGGCCACCAGUGGCCACAGCAGCAGCAUAACCAGGCCAUGUUUCCUCAAGGCAUGAUGCAACAACACCAUCCGGGAAUGCAUGGAGCUGCGGCCAUGAUGGUUCACGGACAUCCGGUUCCGCCCACCCACCCACCCCCUGAGGAAAAACCACCGCUGCCUGCAGAACCCCCUCCUCCGCUUCCUAGCACACCAGCAGACCAGCCCCGGCCACCAUUACCAGAGGAGCAACCAAAACCUCCAUUGCCUCAGGAACAUGCGGGACAACAGAACAUCAGGCCAGGGUUUGGGCCUGGCAUGGUGAGGGGUCCCUAUCCUGGUGGUCAAGCCCCACCGGGAGGUCCCAGCCAGCCUGUCCCACCGUCUGAACCGGCGCCUCGACAGCCAGCUCCCCCGCCAGAACCUUCAGCACCACAGCCUCCGGUUGUAGAGGAACCACCUCCACCAGAUCCGGAGCUGGUAGCUGAAAUGGAGAAGGUGUGUGAAGAAGAACGCUUGUUUAUGGAGCAAUACCGCCAGUGGAAACAGCAGUAUGAUGACUGGCGUGAACAGAACCAGAACCACCCGAACAAAGAGCAGUUUGAGCAGUACCUGAACCAGUGGAAGACAUAUGAACAGCAGAUGGAGACUCGAAGGAAGGAGAUUCUUAAUCAGAAGCAGAGUGUACAGACCAAACUGGGAGCAGGACUGUCUGGGGGGAAGAAAAACAGCACUGAUUUCACUGGAAAGUCUAUGGCGUACAACAGGAAAAGUUCUGAACGGGAGAUGAGGGAAGGACUAAAGUCGAAUGGAUAUGAGAGGAAAGAUGGCCAGGAUGCAGUACCAUCGCAGCUGGCUCAAACUCACCAGGGCAGGAAGUUGGAUGGUGGGCAACGUGCUCAUGAAGAGGAGGAGAAAGGAGAAGAGGACAUGAACUUGGAUGAUGAUGACGAAGGAGGGGAACAAACUGGGGGUAUUAUCGAACACGCUCCCAUACCCAACACUGGGGUCUCUGAGGCGGGUCGCAGUGCUUGGGAAAGUCGUAAACCGGAUCAGGUUGCAGAUUCCUGGAGAGGUGAAGGAGAAGGCUACGCAAGGCCUUGGGGAGAACAACCUCCCCCGCCCGGUGUGCCACCACACAAUCCAUCACACAAUGGACCCCCUCCCCACAUGCAUGGUGGGCUGCUCCCCCCACAUUUACGUGGUGGCCCACCUCCCCAUUUACAAGGUGGGCCGCAUGCACCCUCAAAUGAAGCUUCUGAAGACUUUUCGGAAUCGCACAAUGCAUAUGAUGAAAGUUCUGCCUAUGGUGGGCCAGAAGGACCUCGAGAUGGGCCGGCUGGGCGCGGUGGGGAACUGCCGAACAGAGGCUGGUUCAAUCAGCGUGGAGGUCCUCGCGGUAGAGGGGGGCCCUGGGGUCCUGAAGGCUUUCAGGGCAGAGGAAGGGGUCAGCACUGGGGAGGUAGGGAGCCUCCAUUUGGAAGAAGUGGAGCAGCUUUUGAGGGUGAGGAGGAGGUGGACCAGCAUGGGCAGGAGGAAGCGACAGAGGAGCAGUUUGGUGAAGAGCCAGAACAGUACCCGGCAGAAGAAGGCCUGGAGUAUGAGAACGAAUUCCACGACCCUUCAAACUCAUUUGGAGGACCUGGCCGGGGGCGAGGAAUGGACAGAGGGAGAGGGUUUUUUCCUCGAGGGAGAGGCCAGUUUCCUCCUCGAGGGAGAGGUGAAUUUCCUCCUCGAGGAAGGGGUGGAGAGUUUGAGCAGAGAGGUAGAGGGAGAGGAGGUGACUUUGGUCCAGGACGUGGACGUGGAUUUCCUCCCAUGGGGAGAGGAGAGUUUCACAGUGGCCCUCCCGGGGAGCUCUUCCGGGGUCGUGGUGGCGAGUUCCGUGGGGGUCGGGGGGAAUUUCGAGGAGGCCGUGGUGAUUUCAUGAGAGGGCGUGGAGACUUUCACAGAGGGCGUGGUGGAGCAUUCCAUGGAGCGCCUGGAGGGGAGUUUUCUGAAGAGACUGGUGGGUACGAGGAAGGAUUUGAAGAAGGACAGAACUUUGAAACGUCACGCGGUGGAUUUCACAGAGGCCGGGGUGGUCCGCCACCACAUUUCAGGGGUCGGGGUAGAGGGACGGGGCCCAGACCUUUGCUGUCGUAUGAUUUUAAUGAUGAGAUGCGAGACAAGUUUUCAGAUUUUGAUCCGGCAAGUUUUGAAGAUGAGGCACAAGGGACCACUGAGGGAGAGGCUGGUGAACAGUAUGAGGACCCUGUUUAUGAGGGUGUCGAUGGUGCUCAUAGUUUUGUGGAAAGAGGACGGGGGCGGGGUGUGCCAGGAGGGGGGCGAGGAAGAGGGCGGGGAGAAUUCCACGGUUAUGGAGAAGAAAACAGUUUCCAAGAUGAAAGCUUUACGUACGGGGACGAUUCAUAUGGGCCACCAGGAAGGGGCAGGGGCAUGGACAGAGGAAGAGGGAUGGAUAGAGGAAGAGGGAGAGGAAUGGACAGAGGAAGAGGGCGAGGGAUGGAUAGGGGAAGAGGUUUUUGGCCAGGUGCGGAAAGGGGAAGAGGCAGUUUCCGUGGGAGGGGAGGUUUUGGUGAGGAUCAUGGCUGGGAGGGGCAUGAAGAAGCUGGAGGUGAGAAUGAUUUUGAGACUUCCUCACGGGGCCGCGGAAUGCCACGAGGCCGUGGGCCGAUGAGAGGUCGUGGAGGACCUGAUGCGGGUUACGGUGGACGUGGUGGUUUUGCCGGUGAGGGUGGAUAUGACCACGACCAAAGUGCAGGAGUGGACGAGUACGGGCAGGAGCCAUUUGGGUUCAGAGGUCGUGGCCGAGGGGCUAUGCGCGGUCGAGGCCGGGGUUAUGGCCCCCCUGGAGAAUUUGAAGAGGAGGGUGCUGCCCACGACAGAGGCUUUGAAGGUGGCAGUUAUCCGGGAGCUGGCCGGGGCUUUAGAGGAGCGAGAGGUGCUGUGAGGGGAGGCAGGGGCGGCAUGCCUGCGGGUGCAGAGACUGAGGGCUGGCUGGAGAAAGAGGCGCAGCACCAGUAUGAUGGAGAGUCCCAGCAGACACCUGGACUGGAUCCAGAGCAUCCGGGCGGGAAAGUGCCAGGGGAAGGGGAACAGACCACAGAAGAGCGACGAUCAGUGGGAGAUGAGCCGGAGCUGAAGCGACGUCGGUUGGCAAUGGAGGAUGCGGCGGCCUUGGACCGGCCCCCACUCCCACCAUAUCCAAGAGACCCAUACGAUCCUUACGCACCAGACCCGUACUAUCCCAGAGACCCAUACUUGGACCCAUAUGCACCACCACCACCCCGACUGCCUCCCUAUGGCUACGACCGUUAUCCUUAUGACAGGUACGCACCUGCACCUUGGCCUUCGUCGUAUGAGGCUCCUGUGGAGAGGAAACCCUUCACACCAGCUGAAAGCUUCGACUACGGCCAUGGUAGUGUUGAAAAGGACAAAAAACCUGCAGCUCCGACAGAAGUCAUCGACUACGGUCACGGUCAGACGAGUGACAAGGUCGAGGACCCUGUGGCCAAGCAAGUCUCAGAGCGGCUGCGGACUGAUCAGAGCAGACCGCAGCGUGAAACAGACAGUCUCUACGCUGGUCGAGACAGAUUCAGCCAGAUAAGGGAAGAGACCAGGGAUGGUCAUGGGGACUCGGAUAUGAGAAGGACUCGUGACCUUGACAUGCGACAAGGUGAUGAGGAUGCGGCACAGAGGGGCCGGUUACCGUAUGACCAGACAGGACGAGCUGGGUACAGCUGGGAGGACAGGUCCCGAGACCGAGACCGGGAGCCUCGUGAAGAAAGAAAAGAGGAGUCUAGAUUUGGGUACACAGGUCGAGAAAGUGCUCGGAGAGAUGCUGAUGACCGUUUGGGGUCAGGGCUUUUUGAUCGUGAUCACAGGCGUAUUUCCGACGAAAGAGGAGGAAGGUCGGAAAGAUCGGACAGGUUUGAUGCCGAGUCUGAUCGUGAUUGGAUGAGUGGUCGAGGGGGUAAAUAUGAAGGCAGGGACUUGUAUAGUCGGACUGAUGAUCGUGACCGUGAUCGGGAUCGUGAUAUGCCUAAAAGUUACAGAGACCCGAGUUCCCGUCUCGAGGAGACUGACCGUGAUCGGGAUCGAGAACGAGAACGGGAGCGAACUGGUUACAGAGAUAGGGAAAGAGACAGAAAUCGCGAUGGUCGGAACCCUUCUGACAUUGACCGUUACGGGGGUAGAGGAGACGAUCGCUUCCGAGCGGAAGAUCGCUACAGGGGAGAUGAUCGCUAUGGGGAAAGGAGGGGAGACUACUCCAGAUCAGCAGAAGAAGACACUCGGGCAGCACCAGUGGAACGAGGAGACGUAUGGCCCCGAGAAAGGUUUCGGGAGGGUUAUGCAACAACUGCCCUCUCUGGUCAUGAUAGAUAUUCUGGCUUAGACUCUCGUGCAAUGGAGGAGAGGGACAUGGGGAGGAGUCGCUUCAGCCGAGGACUAUCCCCUAGCCACGUCAGCACUCCUCCUAGAGGUAGCCUUCCAUCCACACACUCUCCUGCCCCGUCCCAACCAGCAAAGCUGCCUAAAGCUGAAGUUGUAAAGGUGGAAGACUUACUGUGUCCUCCUGGGCGAAAUGAUCGGCCACCGCAGAUAGUGACCAUCAUUCGGGGACUGCCGGGCAGUGGCAAGACUUAUGUCAGCAAGCUGCUUAGGGAAAAAGAAAUCAGCUAUGGAGGAGGAGCUCCACGCAUGCUGUGCCUGGAUGAUUAUUUCAUGGUGGAGACAGACAAGAUGGAGGUCGACCCUGACACUGGGAAAAAAGUCAAGCGGAAGGUUCUAGAGUAUGAGUACGAACAAGCCGUAGAAGAGGCGUAUCGCCAGAGUUUGCUCAAGUCUUUCAAGAAAACUGUAGACGAUGGUUUCUUCCCGUUCAUUAUCCUCGAUGCUACCAAUGAGAGAGUCUCUCAUUUCUCGGAGUUUUGGAGCUACGCUAAGUCAAGAGGCUUUCAGGUGUACGUUGGAGAACUGAAAGCUGACAUUUCUACAUGUAUACAGCGCAAUAUCCACAAGUGGACAGAGUGGGACAUUGAGAAGGUGAAGUCUCAAUGGGAACCGCUGCCCAGCCAUUACAUCCGCCUGGACUUGAGGUGGUUGCUGCAAGAGGAUUCUAUCCCUGAGGUUGUCAUGGAGGAUACAGAGCCGGAAGAAAAAGACGAAAAGAAAGAAAAAGAAGAGAAAGACGAUGAGGAGGAGGAGGAGGAUGCUGGCUUUGGAGGGAUCUAUCAAAAGUCCAAGUGGGAACUCGAUAAAUCAGAGGAGACCUUAGACAAGCUGGACGGAUUGAGGGCAGGAAAGAAACAUAUCGGAGAGCACCAGAGCCUCAACGACUACCUACAGCUGGACCAGAUGGCGGACGAGUACUUUUCCCGAGAGUCUCUGCCCGGCAAAAAGAGGGUGCGUUGGGCGGACCUGGAGGAGAAAAAGAAUCAGAGUCGUCGCAGGGACCUGGGCUUCAUCGUCGGGCAGACCCAGCGUGACUGGGAGCGCAUCACUGACGACCAGUUUGCAGAAAAAGCUCUCAACCAGACCAAAUAUUAUUAUAAAUAGGCGGGCCGAGUUUUUAAGAUUUGUUUGUGAAGUUCGAAUUGUUGUAUUAUGUGACUGUGUGACAGUUGUUUCUAAAGAUAAGGUGUCUUCCCCUCGGGAUAGAUGGAUAACCUAAUUUGUAAAAAUGUAAAUAUUAUUAAUAUAAGCUUAUGAUGGGUUACAGUUUUUAAGACGUUCUUUAAUUCUUAUCAUUAAUAAUUCUGCUAUAAGUGUUGUACGUGGCUUAGCAUAAGUGUGUUUGUCUUGCAUUUUAAAUCAAGAAGAACAUCACACCUGUCUCUGUUUUAUCAAUCAUUGUUCUUUUUACUUUUAUGUGUUUAUAUUUAAAUGUUCCUGGAUGAGCAUCCCCAAGGCGUUGAAGAUAAAUCUGGAUUUCAGACACUGGCCAGUUUUUGUGCGACUUCACAAAAAAAUCUUAAUACAAGAUGUUUGAGACGUUAUGAUCUAUAAAUUUUGAGUCCCUGAGCACGAGCGUUUCCAUGGGGUUUGAAAAGCUCAAGAUUUUUUUUUAUAGACAGUUCACACCUUUGGCUUCCUCAAGAUAUUUCUUCUUGAAUUGAGAUUGUUCCACUUUGAUUUGAAUUAUAAUCAUAGUUGUCUACUUCUCAUCCAAAAACUCUUUUAUUGUAAAGAGUAAUGCUGCUUGGAGAAGCUCCUCUCCUUUCAUUGUUGUGGAUAGCUGUUGUCAAGAAAUCAGUUUUGUGUAUUUGUGUAAUCGUGUGUGUUGCUCGUUUAAAGUUAUCAGUAAUGAAUUUUAAGCAACAAAAGACAUUUUCUAACUGGACGUUAUGUACUGUAGCUGCUAGAGAGAUAGAUUCUACUUGAGUUUUGAACCAUAUUGAUGUCAGUAUUUGAAUGUUCCUCUGACAUUGAGUCACGUUUUUUUAAUCGUUUUGUCACAAGACUUGUCACAAGACGGAUGGUGUAAAUAAAGUUUUGUAUGUAUUUCAA